UACCGGUGCCGCUAUAUAAGCGCCACGCAGGCCUCACGCCUUUCUCUUUGCAGAAGGCGAGGUAGCUAGUGCGGCGGAGCUCUCGUCCGCUCGUGCUCCUGACUCACCGCUGUUCUCGUGGAGGAACAAGUCGGUCAGGAAGCUGUACCCGCAGCCAUGGCCUUUAAGGAUACCGGGAAGACCCCCGUGGAGCCAGAGGUGGCCAUCCACCGCAUCAGGAUCACACUGACCAGCCGCAACGUGAAGUCUCUGGAGAAAGUGUGUGCCGACUUGAUCAGGGGCGCAAAAGAGAAGAAUCUGAAAGUGAAAGGGCCGGUUCGGAUGCCUACCAAGACUCUGAGAAUCACUACAAGGAAAACCCCCUGUGGCGAAGGCUCUAAGACUUGGGAUCGCUUCCAGAUGAGGAUCCAUAAGCGACUCAUUGACUUACACAGCCCUUCUGAGAUUGUUAAGCAGAUUACUUCCAUCAGUAUUGAGCCGGGAGUUGAGGUUGAAGUCACCAUUGCAGAUGCUUAAAUUAACCUUUUUAAAUAAAUUGGUAACUUGUUAACACUU